AUCAGGUCCCUCCCUACCUCAGAUCGCAGCUAUAAUACAUAGGAGUAAAGAGGCUUCUCGCAUAAGUGGCUGUGACUUCAACUAACCUUGUGAUUUCGAGGUCAGUAUUACCUUUCCCACAUUCGCGCCGCAAACCACCGAUGCGUUCCGUUAUCACACGCGCAUUACCGCACUUGUCACGGUAGGGGCUCGCUCUGAGGGACACGCGUGAACUGAACCGGAGGAGGAGACGGCAAGGACAUCGCAGGAGAUCCGCGCAGUGAGAACGCAGCAGGAGAAAUCCUGGUAGUCGGACCGGACGGACGCCCCGCAGAACACCGCAGCCCAGGAUUCGUGCGACAUUCACCGGGCCAGAAUGCGGCUUAUGACGAGAGUGGCGUUGGUGUCUCUUGUCAGUCUGUCCUUGGUGGUGUCCGGACUGGCUUGCGGUCCUGGCAGAGGCUACGGCAGAAGAAGACAUCCGAAGAAACUCACACCUCUCGCCUACAAGCAGUUCAUACCUAAUGUCGCGGAAAAGACCUUGGGGGCAAGCGGCAGAUAUGAGGGCAAGAUAACGCGCAAUUCGGAGAGAUUUAAAGAACUUACUCCAAAUUACAAUCCCGACAUUAUCUUUAAGGAUGAGGAGAACACGGGCGCGGACAGGCUCAUGACACAGAGGUGCAAAGACAAGCUGAACUCACUGGCCAUAUCUGUAAUGAACCAGUGGCCAGGAGUUAAGCUGCGUGUAACAGAGGGCUGGGAUGAGGAUGGUCACCAUUUUGAAGAAUCACUCCACUACGAGGGAAGAGCUGUUGAUAUCACCACCUCUGAUCGAGACAAGAGCAAAUAUGGGACGCUCUCUCGGUUGGCCGUAGAGGCUGGAUUUGACUGGGUCUAUUAUGAAUCCAAAGCCCACAUCCAUUGCUCUGUCAAAGCAGAAAACUCGGUUGCUGCCAAAUCUGGAGGCUGCUUCCCGGGUUCGGCUUUGGUCACGCUGAAAGACGGUGGACAGAAGGCCCUGAGGGACCUGAACCCCGGUGACAAGGUGCUGGCGGCGGACAGCGCGGGAAACCUCGUGUACAGCGACUUCAUCAUGUUCACGGACCGAGACUCGACGACGCGACGUGUGUUUUACGUCAUAGAAACUAAAGAACCCGUUGAAAAGAUCACCCUGACCGCAGCUCACCUCCUGUUUGUCCUUGACAACUCAACGGAUGAUCUCCACACCAUGACCGCCACGUUUGCCAGCAGUGUCAAACAUGGACAAAAGGUGAUGGUUGUUGAUGAUAGCGGUCAACUUAAAUCUGUCAUCGUCGACCGGAUAUACACGGAGGAGCACCAGGGCUCCUUCGCACCAGUGACUGCUGAUGGAACCAUUGUGGUCGACCGAAUACUGGCGUCUUGUUACGCGGUAAUAGAGGACCACAGUCUCGCGCAUUUGGUCUUCGCGCCAGUCAGGCUCUAUUAUGACGUGUCAUCAGUCAUAUUCCGAAAAGACUUCCUCAAUCAGUCCAAUGCGACUUUACAACAGGAGGGAGUUCACUGGUACUCUAAGCUCCUUUAUCAAACGGGAACGUGGCUUUUGGACAGGCGCAUGCUUCAUCCUUUGGGGAUGUCAGUAAACUCGAGCUGAAAACCCUCUUAUGGAAAUAAAGCAGGAGAAAU